GAUUGUUGGAGAUAGGAUCUAGCAAAGCUAUCGCCCAAUAUAUUAAAAUAUCACUAGAUUUACCACCGGCACAGCAAGUGAUUGUUGGAAGCCUUCAGCAAAGCCGAUAUGUUAAGCCGACCUACGAGUCGGCGGAGACGAGACGAGGAGGCCCUGUUGCUUCUUCUCUGGCGAUAGCCUCUCUACGACGAUCUCUCUGCUCGCGGUCGCCAUGAGUUCGAAGGACAAGAAACCGGUCAAGCCCUCGAGCAGCGGCCCCAACAUCCGCACCCUCGCCGAUCUCAGCCACCCUUCCGGCCCCUCCAGCGACAGCGACUCCGACGGGCCCCAAGAGUACUACACCGGCGGGGAGAAGAGUGGAAUGCUAGUUCAAGAUCCUUCUAAAGGAAAUUAUGAUGUGGAUUCAAUUUUUGAGCAAGCAAGACAGAUGGGAGCUAUGCAGGGACCAUUGGAGCAUCCAUCUUCAAGCUCGAGAAGUUUUACUGGGACUGGUAGACUGCUCUCUGGUGAAACAGUACCAUCUGCUCCCCACCAGCCUGCAAAUUUAAUCCACAACAUUUACUUUUGGAGUGAUGGAUUCACUGUAAAUGAUGGUCCAUUGAGGAGUUUUGAUGAUCCCGAGAAUACACCCUUCUUGGAGAGCAUCAGGAAGUCUGAGUGCCCUAAAGAGCUGGAACCUGCUGAUAGAAGAUCUAUGGUUCAUGUCAAUCUCAUAAGGAGGGAGGAAAGAUGUCCUGAACCUGGGCAGCGCCAGACUCCAUUUCAGGGUGUAGGAAGAACUUUAGGUGGUGGAUCUUCAUCAGAUACCCCAAUUUUGGAGCCUGCACCUGCAGCUGCUACCUCCAGUACUGCUGCUUUUCCAUCCAUUGGCCUUUCUGUUGAUGCUUCUUUGCCUUCUACAUCCAUACAGCUGAGAUUGGCAGAUGGUACUCGGAUGGUUGCACGCUUCAACACUCACCACACUGUGGGCGAUAUCCGGGCAUUCAUUGAUGCAUCGAGGCCUGGAUCUGUGAGAACUUACCGGUUACAGACUGUUGACUUUCCACCUAAGCAACUGACUGAUCCAACCAUGACCAUUGAGCAAGCUGGCCUUGCAAAUUCUGUGGUGAUUCAGAAGCUUUAGGACUUCCUGCAGCUUGCUUAGACUUAUGCUUUAGAUUUAGGAUUGUCACAUGGACAAGACCUCAAACCCCUUUAUAUUGCCGGUGACCCGUGAAAUAUUGGGCAGGUGUUGUAUCUUUCACGCAAAUGAAGGGUUCGACUUCCUUUGUGCGAAUCCACCAUUGGAUCGUGCAAUGGCUGCUUCAGAAUCUGUAUGGAUGGAUGAAUGAAGGCGUUUGGAGUGCUUUGAGAUCUAUGCAGCGCUCAAUUCAAUGGUCAACAUUGCACAAGAAGGUUAAUCAUUCUUUCGACGUGCAAAAGAUACGAUCUGAACCUUGAAAUAUUUAGACUGAUGGCUAUGAUAAAACAUCACCUCUCUAUGUUUGAACUUUGGAAGUUUUUCCGUGACCCUUGCUGUUGUCUUUUACCAAUGUUGGUUCUGAUUGGAGACAUAUACAAAAGCACAAUCUUUAGACCAGUCAUGUUUCAACAAUCAUGGCUCCAUCUAUGUUUUCUGG